GGAGAAUGGGAAAAGAAGGACGGCGGGAGGAUUGGGCGCGGCGGCGGCGGCGGUGGGUGGCAGGCGGCAGGCAGGUGGGUGGCCCUGCGGAUGGAGGGGACCUCACCUCACCUGGCAAGGCUCAAGCAGCAGCAGUACCUUGGGCGGUACCUAGAGGGGGCAGCGGGCUGGUGGAGAGCCCUGGAGACGCAGUGGCCCGAUGGACUGGGCCUGGAACUCGGGCUAGGUACUUGGUAUAGUGGAUGCUGUUGUUGCUUCGGAUCGGUGCCUUGCUCCCUGUACGAGAUGAUGGUUUAUAGAAUCAGGUCAUUAGGCAGGGUGAGAUGCUCAUGUUGUUUGGAUACUUGUUUUCCUCCAAGUGUAUGAGAGAAGACACGGUUCUCUUAGGUACUUGAUCUGAUGAGAGGACACUCUGAGUGAGCGAGUGAGUGAGUGAGAGAUGUUUAGAGGGGAGGGACCCUGGGUGAGAUUGGCGGUCUGGUGGAGACGGAUGAGGUAGAUGGCAAAAAGAUGGCCGCCAAAAGGCUCAGCUGGGUAAAGUCGAUUCGAGGAUGAGUGGAUGAGAGAGCACUGAGGGCCUUACGUUGCCUGUUGAUGUGCAGCAGCGCAGUUCCCCGAAUGACGGC